AAGCUAACUUCAUUUAAUUGACGUCGCCACGUCUUGUUGUAAAGCCGGAUAUUGGAGAGCCGGUGUGUUUUAAACAGUUUAAACAUGAAGGGUGUAAUUUUGAACUUAAUUUUAUUAUUUUUAUUUAAUUGCUCAGCAAAAGAAGAAGAUGUAGUUGUUCUUUCUGAUAGUGACUUUGAUUCGAGAUUACAAGAUUAUGAAACUGCACUAGUCAUGUUUUAUGCUCCUUGGUGUGGACAUUGUAAAAAGUUGAAGCCAGAAUUCGCCAAAGCAGCUGGUGACUUGCUUAAAAAUAGCCCAGCAGUAACUUUAGUCAAAGUUGAUUGUACUGAAGCUGGUAAAGAAACUUGCAACAGAUUUGGAGUUGGAGGAUAUCCUACUCUUAAAAUUUUCCGAAAUGGAGAGUUCUCUCAAGAAUAUAAUGGACCUAGACAGGCUGAUGGAAUUGUGAAAUAUAUGAAAAGUCAAGUUGGUCCUAGUUCAAAAGAAGUUACAACUCUUAACGAAUUGGAUAAAUUUUUACAAGCAGAAAACGAUGUUGCAGUAGUUGGUUUCUUUGAAAAAGAAUCAGAUCUUAAAGUAGCUUUUCUGAAAUUGGCUGACAAACUAAGGGAGAAAGUAAGAUUUGCACACAGUUCUUACAAGGAUGUACUUAAUAGUCAAGGCCUGAAAAAUGGUAUUGUACUAUUCCGGCCACCUCAUCUUUCUAAUAAAUUUGAGGAUGAUUCAGUAACUUAUGAUGGUGAUGCAGAUGUUACUGCUAUAAAUGAUUUUGUUGUUAACAACUACCAUGGUUUAGUGGGACAUCGUAAGCCUGACAAUGUACAAGAAUUCCGUAAUCCAUUAGUGGUUGCUUAUUACUCAGUUGAUUACAUUAAAAAUCCCAAAGGAACAAACUAUUGGCGAAACAGAAUCCUUAAGGUUGCAAAAGAAUUCAAAGGAAGAAUCAAUUUUGCAGUUAGCAAUAAAGACGAAUUUCAGAGAGAACUUAAUGAAUAUGGCUUUGAUUAUGUCAAAGGCGAUAAACCAGUUGUUUUUGCUCGUGACAUUAAAAAUCAGAAAUUCGUGAUGAAGGACGACUUUUCGAUUGAAACAUUGGAGUUGUUUGCGAAGUCUGUAUUGGAUGGUACAUUAGAACCUUACUUGAAGUCUGAGCCAAUUCCUGAAACAAAUGAUGAUCCUGUGAAGAUAGCCGUUGCAAAGAAUUUUGAUGAAGUGGUGACUAAUAAUGACAAAGAUGUUCUUGUAGAAUUUUAUGCUCCUUGGUGUGGACAUUGCAAAAAACUAGCCCCUACAUUGGAUGAACUUGGAAAAAAGUUGGAAAAUGAAGACGUUGAAAUUGUAAAGAUGGAUGCUACUGCCAACGAUGUACCAGCAGAUUAUGAAGUAAGAGGUUUUCCUACAUUGUAUUGGGUUCCGAAGAAUAAUAAGCAAUCGCCAGUCCGUUACGAGGGCGGUCGUGAAUUGGAUGAUUUUGUUAACUAUAUUGCAAAACAUGCAACAUCUGAGCUUAAGGCAUAUGACAGGAAUGGAAAGAAAAAGAAGACUGAGUUGUAAGAAAAUAUACUUCAAAUUCCCAAAAUGGUUAGAUGUAGAAUAACUUCGUUUUUGUAAUAAAAAGUUUAAAUUAUUUUUGUUUCAUAAAAGUAAGAAAAUUUUGAUUAAAUUAUGAAGAUUA